AACGCAUGCGCACGAGGUAGUAAACGAACAAGAUGGCUGCCGGUACGAACUCAUUCGGAGAAGGACUGUUCAAAAUCGGCAACUGGGUCUCUUGCAAGACAUGUUUCGAAGAGAGAAUUUCGGGGGAGGUGAUGGCAUACGACCCCGUCAGCAAGUUCCUUGUUCUCAAAAUGCCGUCAACAAAUAGCGAAAGGAAGGACACACACGAUAUACGCAUCGUCAACCUGAAUGCUGCCAAGGAUCCUCAGGUGGAGAGAGUAGCCUCAGAAGCCCCGUCAAGGUUGCCAAAACUUAACACACCCAAGCUUAAAAAGAGAGCGGAGGAAGCCAUCAAAGCCAAACAAACGGCCUUUAAAUUACUACAAGAGGGCGUCAGCGCCGAAGCACAAAGUUUAUUCCACACAAUCAGUAAAACACUCCCGUGCAAAUGGCAAGGUCCAGUCAUUGUGGUCAACGAGAGCGUGGAGAUCCCGCCACCAUACGGCACAGAAAACUGCCAAGGGAAGGAGAGCGCACUAGGUCAUGUUAAAAAAAUUGUUGAUAAAUUUCACAAAGACAAAUCGGCGGGCAGUACUUGAGAUCGACCCCCUGUACCUCUUUCCUAGUAAUUCCUAAAUCUUUAAACUAGAAACUCAUCCCUUCCCCCUUUCCUCCCCCUCCCCCCCCCCCCCCCGAUCCCAUCCUAAGAAAAACUCCUUCCCCUGUCCAUAACUACAAGUGUGGACUUGUACCUCAUGAUGUUUUUCCCACGUGUGCUUCAAAACUUGACCAAACUUUCCUUAGAACUUGAUUGGCCCUAUUUACUGCUAAUGCUCUAGAGAGUUUAUUUGAAAGCAAUGACCAAACCUCCAAACUGUUAAUCACUCAUGAACAUAGCUCUUGUGAUUGCAUCACAAGCUGAAAUAUCAUGAAUGGCAUUUAACAAUUAAGGUAUCUCCAUUGUACCAUCAACUGUAAGUUAUUGAGUGAUUUCUGCCCAUUUUUUAAUCAAAUUUUUAGGGCAACUGAACUUUUGGUGUUGCCAAGUUCGGGAAUAGGCUCGAUACCACUCCGAAAAGUCGAAACAUUUUGCCCAUGUGAUUUUCGUACCUUAUUAUCUCAAAUGUUAAGAGUGAAAAUGAAAUAUUCAGAACUCAGACCUGGUCAUCCCCGUUUGGGAAAAUCUCAGUAUUCUAAGAUGGAAUCACUACAGGAACAACAAUGAAUACCAGUAUUAGGAAACAUAGGAGCAGUGUAGAAUCACUCUUUCUUGAAAUCUUUAAUUCCUUUUACUUUUUAGGACCUUUUACGUGUUUGUACGUGUGUUCAUGUAUUUUUUUCUAAAAACCGUUUUUGUCUUCGGAUUUUUGUGUCGUGUCCUUAACAUUUUCUCACUGAAGCUUUGACGGUUAAUGAGUAAAGUCUGAAUUACCAUGGGAAUUUAAGUUUAGCUACGACUUCUCAUGGACAUCGUGAGACUUUUGAUGCAAAUUGUGGUUCGGUCUAGUCCAUGGGAAGACAUCAAGGAAAUAUUUUUAUUCAAAAAAAGUCUUUUUAAGUCAUCCAGUAAGUAAUUUGAAAGAACCGUGACAGUGACUUUCUGUCAUUGUUCACCGCCUGUAUAUUUGUGAUCCGACAUUGCGGUUGAACUAAUACGAU